AUGAGAUACUUCAAUCAUCUAGAUAGACUUCAGACUGAGCCUAUGCUAUAGAAUGAUUAGAUAGAACAACUGAAAAAAGAAUUAAUGAGAAUAAAAGAACUGUAUGAAUCACUAGAUAAGGAAAAUCCUCUAGAAUUUUCAUUGAGUGUGAGAGAAAACUAUAAAGAUGAUUCAGUUAUGUAAAAAAGAAAGAAGAUUCAGCUAAUGAAGGAAAUCUAAGUCAUACGUCAAGGUCAAGAAGAUAUGGAUGAAAAUUUCUUAGAUGAGAUAUUUGGCAUAGGUGAGACCACAGAAAUAUGCGGCUUGGCAGCAACAGGUAAAACACAAAUAUGUUUUUAGCUCUGCUUGAAUGUUUAGUUGCCCAAGGAGUUAGGAGGGGUAGACGGCGAGGCAUUAUAUGUAGAUACUCAUGGUGACUUUGCUCUUGAGAGAAUGACUGAAAUGGCAAAAUCGCUUCGUUAGUAAGUAUUGAAGAAGAUAGACAAGGAACCUGCCCUAAUCAAGAAAUAUAAAGAGGAAUUCUCGAUUGAUAGAAUCUUGUAGAAGGUUAAGUUCGUAAGAAUCCUAGAUGACAACCAGCAAUCUCUCUUUCACAAUCAGCUUGAGGAUAGACUCUCAAAUUCACCACUGUCUAAGGUUAAAAUUAUCAUAUUUGACACUUUAAGCGAGCAUUUCAAACUUUCUGAUAUCAGCUAUUAAGAGCGUAAGAGAAUUAUCUCCCAGGCAUUAAUGGGAUUGCUAGAGUUGGCUUAGAAGUUCUAGAUUAGUGUGGUACUCAUUAACAAUAUGAAACUGUAGAAAAAGGACUUUUAAAGCGAAAUAGGAGGAGGUAUUGGAGGAGGAAUCUCUGGUAUGGGUAUGGGAAAUGCUGGAUCAGGGUUAAUAUAUCAGUAGUCAAAACCUGAGCCAAUGUUUGGUGAGGAUCUGUUUCAAUGCGUAACCAAUAGAAUCCUGCUAGAAAAGGAUCAUCAGAUUUCUGAGGAUAAUGUAUUCAAAGCCAAAUUGAUAAAAGGUAGUAUUGCCAAUAAAUAGAGCACUAACACUUGCCACUUUUUAAUAACUGAAAGAGGUAUCUCUUCUAUAUUAUGA